AUGGCGGCUCCGCUAAGACCAAAACAACAACAAGCAAUAGCAUCAGCAGUUGUUCGCGAUACACUUUGUGUCUUACGGUAUACCGACAGGCAUGCCAGAGAUGGACUUGAACAUGGUACCAUACGGUACAUCCUUGUUCAUCCUGAACAAGCAUUCACCUCUGUGUUUAAGAAGUUUCUGAUGGAUGUCUCGACGGUUGUCAAUGUGUCACACAUUAUUGUCGAUGAAGCCCACUGCAUAUCGUCAUGGGGAGCUUCACAGUUUCAUCCAGCAUUUCUUAAAAUUGGAACUCUUCGUGUGAUCCUCACGGAUGCCAAAAUCUUAGCUUUAACUGCUACUGCGACGGAGGAAGCCCAAAAAUUCAUAAUGUCAUAUCUGAGUAUGUCAAAUGUGAACAUCAUAACCGAAUCGCCAGAUAGGAGAAAUGUAUUUUUGCAAGUUGAGGAGAGGUCUCCUUCAACUGGGGGUCAAAACAGUGCUGAAGAUUCUGUGUAUGCAGUUCUGGACAAAUUUCUGCAGGAACUUAAACUUAAAAAACAGAGUUUUGAGAAAACAAUAGUUUACCUCUCAUUAAAAUGGUGUGGCUUAGUCCAUCUUAGAGCAAAAAUCGUCUUUGAUAUGAAAACAAGCAUUGCUGAUGCUGACAGUUUAAUCGGACUCCUUCAAGCUACAGAAGCCUGUGGAAUGGGAGUUGAUAUUCCAGAUGUAAGACGCAUAGUACACCUCACCCCACCGAACAAUAUUAAAACAUUCAUUCAGCAAAUUGGUAGAUGUGGCAGGGAUGGAAGAAGAAAUGAAAGUUGUGUGAACUACAGCAAAAGUGACAUUGCAUCAAACAAAGUCAAUCUUAGUGACCAUGUGAGGAAGUACCUAUCCCUGGACAGCUGUAGGAGAAAGUUUAUUCUAAACUACUUUGGGCACAGUGAUGAAGUUGUCAGCGAGCAAAAUAUUGACAGUUGUGAUAACUGCAGUAAUUGUGCAAAAGUUUACUGA